AUGAACGUCGCUCCACGCUCCAUCGGUGCGCGCACGCGUGGCGGCACGGCGUCUUCGUCGUCGGCCAACACGCCGAAGUUGACGCAGAAGUUGACGACUUCGACAACAUCGACGGCGCGAAAGACGUUGACGAGAGCGACUGCAUCGGCGCCCGACGCGCAAGCGCGAGAGGAUGCGAAGAGAGCGCUGCUGAGCGCGAUCGAACCGCUCGAGCGCGGGGUGAAGGCGAGCGAUGAGGAAAAAGCUCACGUGGACGCUCUGGCAACAGCGCUCGAAGCGCUCAAUCCAAACCCGAAAUCACUCGCCGCACCGUGCAUCAACGGCGAGUGGGAAUUGGUUUACACGACGUCUGCGAGCAUUUUAGGUACGAAAAAGCCGGCUUUUUUACGCCCGAGCGGGAAGAUUUACCAAACAAUCGACGCCGAGUCGUUGCGCGCUCGAAAUCGCGAGACGUGGCCGUUUUACAACGCCGUAGCCGCAGAGUUGACGCCCACGAGCGAUUCCGCGGUCAAGGUACAGUUUAAGAAGUUUUUUGUGUUUGGUGGUUUGAUUAAAGUCACCGCACCCGAGCGAGCGCGAGGGGCGUUGGACAUUACUUACGUCGACGACGAAGUGCGCGUUUCGCGAGGCGACAAGGGUAAUCUCUUCGUGCUCAUCAUGCACGACAACGAGAAGCGAUUGCCGGGCGAGGAGAACGCUUCGGGUUCACUUAAGGUUUUAUCAAGCUAG